UUAAUAAUGUUAUGAUAUAAAAUAGAUGAAUAUUGCUAUAAUAUUAUUUAACGAAUAAAUCCAAUUUGUAUUCAUUAAAAUGAGUUUUAAUGAAGUAAAAGAAUUCAUUGAAGAAGGAGAUGUGGUCAUUUUAUACUUAGGACAUAACAAUAUGCAUUCUUUAGAAAUAAAGGCAAAAAUUCCCAAUAAAAAUGGUGAAAUGGUUGACAAUGUUUUUCAAACAAAAUAUGGAGCACUUAGAGUAUUUUCUCUUGUGGGACACAAAUAUGGAACCAUGAAAAAACUUUCGAAAGGAUGGGUAUAUGUUUUACAACCAACAUCAGAACUUUGGACAUUGACAGUACCUCACAGGACACAAAUUAUAUAUAGCCCUGACAUAAGUCUGAUCAUACACUUGUUGGAUUUAGUACCAGGAAACAUAAUUAUUGAAACAGGUACUGGAAGUGGAUCUCUUUCCCAUGCUCUUAUUCGUGCAAUUCGCCCUCACGGUCAUCUUUAUACAUUUGAUUUUCACGAGCAGCGUGUAAAAAUUGCUCAAGCAGAGUUUGAAAGACAUGGACUUAGUAAAUUUGUAACUUCAAGUCAUAAAGAUGUUUGUAUGGAAGGUUUUGGAAAAGAAUUAGAAACAAAAGCAGAUGCAAUUUUUUUAGACCUACCACAUCCAUGGUUAGCAAUAGAUCAUGCAGUAGUUACUUUAAAGAAAUCAGGUGGAAAACUAUGUUCUUUUUCUCCUUGUAUUGAGCAGGUUCAACGUACUUGUGCAAAAUUAGUAUCAAAAGGAUUCAUUGAGUUGAAUACCUACGAAUGUUUACAAAGAGAAGUACAUGUACAAUAUAGAAAUCUUUCUAUACUGAAUUUAGAAUACCUGCAAUAUGAGGAUAUACACGAAGAUAUGGCACAACAAAGUGAAUAUGAGAAAGAAGAGAAAAAGUUGCUUACUGGAAUACAUGCUCAUUCUUUACCUGGUCAUACAGGAUUCAUUACAAUUGCUACAUUACCUCCAUUUUGUGUACGGAAAAUAGAAAUGGAUUUAAAAUAA